GAGACCUGCAGACCCGGGCAGGGCAGAGCCCUGCUGCACAGGGGACCCAGCUGCUCCUCCCCCACCUCGCGGGCCCUCCAUGGAAGCCUUGGUCUGUGCAUUCUCUGAGCUGCGCAUAAAAGAUGCAGUGAGCCGGGCCCAAGAACAUCCCAGCCACCCCGACACGCCACCCAACAUCUACGAGGGGGGCCUGGGGGCCCAGCAGCAGUGCCCCAGUGCCCAGGGAAGCAAGCCCAAGAAUUUCCGGCUGCGCCAUCUCCGGGGCCUGAGUCUCUACUUGCCAGCCCACAUGCAGCCGGCCGGCCAGUGUGAGAGCCAGCUCAUGGCCAGAAGCUGCCUCCCACGGCCCGAGGGUAUGGCCUGGCCCCUAGACCUGCCACAUAGGACUCUGGGCCCAGGUGACAGCCACUGCUCAGUCCUUCUGGAAGCUCAAGUGCCUGGGGACAGCCUGGGAAAUCCAGCUUCCAGUUCCAGCGUGGACCCGGCCAAGGGUGCCCCCUCCCAGCCUCGUCCCCCAGAAGGCUUGGGGCUCAGGCCCAAGAGGUCCUGGGGGGCCUCAGAGGAGUCCACAUGUCCCUUGUGCAAGAGAACCCGCUCUGGGGCUCUGGAGACCAUAGGGAUCUGAUGUCAGGGCUGGCUGUCCCAGCUUGGGACAGGAGGGAAAAGGAUGGCUCAGGAGAAGGAGGCAGGUCCAGAGAGGAAGGGCUCCACCCCUACUAGGAGCCACCCCAGAGAUACCCCAGCAGCUGCCCAGCACCAGAGGCUGGGCCUCAGGAAAACUCAAGAGGGGGGAGGGAGGAGGGAGGAGGUCCUGUGGGAGGAGCAGAAAAAAUAGAAACCCUUGCAGCCUGCUCCAACUCAGGUCAGCCACCUGUACCUGGAAGGUCAGGCUGAGCACACUUGGGCUCCCAGGAGGCUGGGAGGCCCACAGGUCUGAUAUUGAUAAAAGCCAAGGCCUGCA